UGUCUGAAUAUCGGAAUAUAUAACCAGCUUUACUUUUAUCAUCAUUAAAUAGAGCUGGCUGCAAUUAUUUUAGGUUUGUGGACGAGACUUUUAUUUUGGUGUGGUGGCGUGACGUCACAAGGGGGCGCCGCGCUUCGUGUCUGCGAGUGUACAGAAGAAAGAGGAAAACUCCUGCUGAAGCGACUGAUCUCCACACUGUUAUAAAGAUGGCGUUUAUUAAAGUGGAGAGCGAAGACCUGAAGAUUGAAGAAACAUUCACAGUCAAUCAUGAAGAUCUGCAGGAACAAACAGAAUUGUUGGUGCUGAAACAAGAGCAAGAACUGAAGGAAAUAGAAGAGAAAGGCCAGUCAUUAAAAACGGAGGAAAAAUACGCCCCAAACCAAGAAACUUCAUCACUGAACAGUGCUCUGAAAACCAAAUCUAAACGUUUUCAUUGUCAUCUCUGUGGGAAGGCGUACAGUAAAAAAGCACACUUUACCUUACACAUGAGAGUUCACACAGGAGAGAAACCUUUUACCUGCCAACAGUGUGGAAAAGCUUUCAGACAGAAGCCAGCCCUCGAUGUCCACAUGAGAGUUCACACCGGAGAGAAACCCUUCACAUGCCAACACUGUGGAAAAGGAUUUACUCAAAAAAAAGAUGUUAAAAAUCACACGAGAAUUCACACCGGAGAGAAACCUUUCACAUGCCAACAAUGCGGGAAGAGUUUCCGUAUAAAACAGUCCUUGUAUGGUCACAUGAGAGUUCACACCGGAGAGAAACCGUACACCUGCCGUCAGUGCGGGAAGAGUUUCGCUCAAUAUCCAACGCUCAGUCACCACAUGAGAGUUCACACCGGAGAGAAGUUGUUCGCUUGUGAACAGUGUGGAAGGAGUUUUGCGUAUAAACAUAGGCUUAAAAUCCACAUGAGAGUUCACACCGGAGAGAGGCCUUACAAAUGCUCACUGUGUGACAAGAGUUUCAUUCAGAAACUAACUCUUGACAUUCACAAGAGGGUUCACACUGGAGAGAAACCGUUCACUUGCCCACAGUGUGGAAACACGUUCACUCAAAAAGGAAGUCUCAAUGUCCACAUUAGAAGUAUUCACGGGUCCGCUCGGAAACAGAAGCCCAAAGUCCAACGCAAGACCUAAGUGGUUUUGGCUUAUGCCAGAGGUGUCCAAACUCAGUUCUGGAGGGCCGGUGUCCUGCAUAGCUUGGCUCCAACUUCCUUCAACACACCUCCCUGGAAGUUUCUUGGGCUGCAUCCAAAACCGCUUAGUACUUAUUAACGUACUACUCGGCCAUUAGUAAAGUAUGUUCUAUACAGUAUGAAUGUGAGCAGUAUGAAUGGAACUCAGAUGUACUACAUCCGCCAUUUUGCCAGGGUCAAGUGACCUACAUGCGUCAGUUGCGUCGCUUCACUCCCAUUCAUGAAUUCUCUCAAGAGGCUUCAUGGGAUAGAGCAGCGUGCAUAGGAGGCGCACUCCAGAAUCUUGUCGGAAGUAGUAAGUCAUACUUCCCGCAUACUGAUUUUUCGAAUUCUAUGAAUUCGGACAUUCUACUCGACUCGCAUACUGAUUUUAGCGUGCUAUAUAGUAUGGAAGUAUGCGGUUUUGGACGCAGCCUAGUAUUCCUAGAAAGAGCUUGGUUAGCUGGUUCAGGUGUGUGUUUAACUGAGGUUGGAACUAAAAUAUGCAGGACAUGGCCCGCCAGGACUGAGUUUGGACACUCCUGGUGUGUACCUUGGAUACAGGUCAUGUUCUGUAAUAACUGCCUCAGGUCUCGGCCUUUCUUUUUAAUUAAAUAACUGUGAUUUUCUAAAUGGA